AUAGACCACGAUUCAUACCCCUCCAAACUUCCAGGAUCAACAAGAGGAUUGUUCUCCAUCUUCAAUUCUGGACAAUGCAAAUUGACAAUCUUGAUGAUUCGCCAUUGUUCCGCCAACAGAUCCAAAACUCGGAAGAAAGUGCUGACUUGUUAAGAGCCAGAUGCUGGAAGUUCUACAAAGGAUGUCGAAAGUACACGGAAGGGCUUGAAGGGGAAUAUGAUGGGGACAUCGCAUUUGCAAAUGCCCUUGAAACAUUUGGUGGAGGGCCUAGUGAUCCUUUUUUUGAUGUUGUGGGAGGAUCUGUAAUGACCAAAUUCACUGUUGCUUUGAGAGAAAUCAGUACAUAUAAGGAACUGCUUCGGUCACAGGUGGAGCACAUGCUGAAUGACCGAUUACUACACUUUCUCAAUGUUGACAUCCUUGAUGCCAAGGAAUCUCGAAAACGUUUUGACAAAGCCUCCGUUCAGUAUGAUCAGGCACGUGAUAAGUUUAUGUCUUUGAGGAAAAGUGCCAAGCUGGAUACUGUUGCCGCCGUAGAAGAGGAAUUGCACAAUUCAAGGGACUCGUUUGAGGAAGCCCGUUUCAACCUGGUUAGUGCUCUCAACCAUAUUGAGGCCAAGAAGAGAUUCGAGUUUUUGGAGGCUGUUCCUGGAAUUAUGGAUGCUCAUCUUCGAUAUUUUCAACAGGGAUAUCAAUUAUUCCAGCAGAUGGAACCUUUCAUUAGCGAGGUUCUGAGUAUUGCACAACAGUCGAGAGAAAAUUACAAUACGGAGCAGAUUUCCCUUCUUGAAAGAAUUCAAGAGUACAAAAAACAAAUUCAUCAAGAUAGUAAGCUCAACUCAAAUGGUCCUUCUCCUAAUAGAGACAUGCAGGCCUUUUGCAGGAUACCAAAUGAUGUGGCCGAUGCUGUAAUGGAAUCUGCUGCAAAUGGGAAGGUUCAAAUUCUUCGACAAGGUUAUCUGUCAAAGCGAUCUUCCAAUCUGAGGGGUGCUUGGAAGAGAAGGUAUUUUGUUCUUGAUAGUCGAGGAAUGUUAUACUACCAUCGCAAACCAGGGAACUGGUUGCAAUCGCACGGCAGCAGCCAACCAUCUGCAGCAAAAAAUAAUUCCACUGAAGCUAGUUCUGGGCUUUUGAGCCGUCUUGCUUAUCACCAUGCAGUUGUCGAUGAAAAAACUGCCGCACGUCGUGCAGUGAACUUGUUAACAUCGACAAUCAAGAUUGAUGCUGAGCAGACGGAUUUAAGAUUUUGCUUCAGACUUAUUUCGCCAACAAAGAACUUCACACUGCAGGCAGAAAAUACGGCGGAUCAAAUGGAUUGGGUUGAAAAGCUAACAGGAGUAAUUGCCUCCUUGUUGAAUGCCCAGACAAUAGAAAAGCCUCUCUCAGCUGACUCCGAAUGCAAUGACGUUAACCCUGCCAGUAAAGGCAAUUUGUCGGAAAAUCCUCCAGUUGAUGAUCAGGUAGUGGCUGAAGCACGUGCAUCUAAGAACUUCACCUCGAAUAUUUCCUCUGCUCUAGCUAAAAGUUUGCAAUCGCGUCAACAGGCUGUAAAAGGUGAAAAGCCAAUUGACGUUCUUAGAAAGGUGUGCGGGAAUGACAAGUGUGCUGAUUGCGGUAAACCUGAUCCGGACUGGGCAUCCUUAAACCUCGGUAUUCUUAUAUGCAUUGAAUGCUCUGGUGUGCAUCGUAAUCUUGGUGUCCAUAUAUCUAAAGUAAGAUCGUUGACACUAGAUGUGAAAGUCUGGGACGCUUCUGUUUUGGGCAUGUUUCAGUCGCUGGGUAAUCUCUUUGCAAACUCAAUUUGGGAAGAGCUGUUGCAUUCACCAAGCAAUUCGCAAGUAGAUGAUAUGCCUGUUUGUUCAUUUAAGACCAAAAACAAGUUAUUUCAUGCAAAGAAACCAGAACAUGACGACCCUAUUUCAUUGAAGGAGAGGUUCAUUCACGCAAAGUAUUUGGAGAAAGUCUUUGUUAACCGGAAGAAGAAAACCAAUCGUGUCCAAUCACUGGCUCACCAGGUGUGGGAAAGCAUCUGUGCCAAUGACAAGAGAGCAGUGUACCGACACAUUGUCAAGUCAGAUGUGGAUCUCAAUGCUAUCAGUGAGCAAAUAUCAUAUGGUGUGUCUUCUUGUCUCUCAACUCCAUUAGCUGGAUUCUUGUUAAUGAGUGGCUUAACAGGCAAUACUGAGGCGUCUUCUUCAAGUAAUAUAGGCUCGUCAUCAAAAAAAGAAAAUCAGCUUACCGAGUUGCAACCCAAAAACACAGAAAAUCAGCCAGUAGAGGAUAGACAAGAUUGUUCUAGUUCUCGUGUGCUUCAUCAGGCAUGUCUAACUGCCGAUUCAAGCAUGCUGGAGCUCCUUCUUCAGUAUGGUGCAGAUAUAAAUGCUUCAGACUCAAGAGGUCAGACACCACUGCAUUGUUGUAUGAUCAAUGGCAAGAGCGCAGCUGCAAAAUUGCUAGUGAUGAGGGGGGCCAAUCCUCACUCUGUAGAUAAAGAAGGCAAUACUCCUAUUGAGCUUGCUUCAAGAUCCGAAUCUUUUGGCAGUGAUGUUUUCUCUCUCUUAACAAGCAGAUAGCAAGCCCACAAAACCAAUUAUCACUGGCCAAACAUUGCAGGAGCCGUUGUAUAUUAUGAACAAGCUGGCGUCUUGGGCCAUGCUGCUGAAGAGUAAACAAGUUGCUUUUUUUUAAGAGGGAAGAAAAAAAGUGAUUUUUUAUAAUUUUCUGGAUUGAAGUGUAGUUAUGGGUAUUUAUGAUAUUUGUAUAUAAUGGCGGGUUAAAAUUAUCCUCUGGAUUGAAGUAGGUUAUGGCCAUGUUGCUGGGGGGCUCCACAUGGGUCCUAAUCUUCAACCAUGGGUCCACCUUAUUCAAAUAUUUGGAGAAAUAGGAGCAUCGUACGUAUGUUCCAAGGUAUGCAUACAAUCAAGCUUCUUGAAUGAUUAUGAUAUGAUUUAUGAUCACUCUCGGAGGUUUAACUUUCUCAAUUUAGACACGUGACGACACUGGGAGACAAAACAUGUAGACUCGCAAAAGCAGGAGACUUCUAAUGUGGGGCCGACUAUGUCCCUGAAACGUGGACCGUAACCAAGGUUUGUUUAUGGAGUUAUCAUGAGGGAAUAGGUAGAUUCAUUGUAUGAUAAGAUGGUGAGUUAAUAUUCAACGUAUUUGAAUUUUCUCGACUCUUGACCAUUGUACCGCGUCAGAUCAGACAUGGUUUGAAGUGUCAUGUUAAUAGGUUCGUCUUGAACACAAUUUUCCACGUUCAA